UUAGUCUAACUGAAGCGAUUAGUUUGUCAACAUCGGGCCUGUUCGUUUCAAUAGGCGCUCAUAGUGUCCUCAAUUUGCGUUGGUGAUAUGAAGGUGUGUGCUGUACAGGACGCAUUUAUCAGAAAAUCGUGUUAAUUGGUGUAAUGAUGUAAAGUGAACGUUUCCGAUACUAUCUAGUGGCACAGUGGGAGAAUUCCGCUCCCCUCGAGAUAAAUGAGACGCUUUCGGGAAUAAAUGACACUCAAGUGGUUUGAAAAGUUGUAGAAGUUGGUUUGUAGCUUGUGAACAUUUGCGAAUAGUGCAUUUCCGGGAAUUGUAGACGACAACCUCCGAAAUAUGCCAAAUCUAACAAAUAGCCUGCUGGUGUGCUUGUCGGUGUUAACCUUGGGGGCGGAUUUAACAAUAAGCGACACUGAAUUCCUCGCGACGAUAACCACAAAUGCCGGAAUCGGGAGGCCACCAGCAUCAUCCUCUUUCUCAUCCAUAUCAGUACCUACCCCGUCACCUUUAUCGCUGGUAAGGGCGUCAAAUCGAACAUCAGCAUCUGAAACCAACAUCGUUGUGCAAGUCGGAACACAUGCCUAUCUGCCAUGUAACGUGCAACGGUUACAUGGUAAACCUGUGUCAUGGGUUCGAGUACGCGAUGGUCACAUUUUAACAGUUGAUCAAACAACAUUCAUUGCUGACCAGAGGUUCCAAUCAAUUUAUGCAGAUGAGCAGGAACGUUGGUCCCUUCAAAUUAAAUAUGUGCAGGAGCAUGAUAUGGGCCUCUACGAGUGCCAAGUGUCCACCGAACCAAAAAUGAGUGCACGCGUUUACCUGAAAAUAGUUGUUCCGAAAACAGAGCUCAUUGGUGACCACAAUCGGUUCGUGAAAGCAGGGAGUAAAGUAGCAUUACACUGUAUAGUACGCGGUUCCAUCGAACCCCCAUCCUAUAUUAUCUGGUUCAAAGGAAAUAGCCAAAUCGCCGAAGGGAAUUCCCGGGGAUGGUAUAUGGAAAUUGAUAAUGAAAUUUUCGGAAAUAGCAGUGAUCGGCAGAAUACGAUUGGUUCUUUGAUUAUACCAUCCGUCAGUAAGCGUGAUUCUGGUAACUACACUUGCAGUCCUUCAAACAGUGCACCAGUGACGGUUGAUCUGCACGUCCUCAAUGGCGAGUAUUCAGCGUCAGCCAUCAUGUCAUCAGCCACAGUAAAUUGCAUAAACUGCCUGUACCUGGGACUCUUAUUGGCUUUGUUGAAACAUUUAACGUGACUGCAAUAUUUCAUUUAAAAGCCUUAAAUCAAAUAUGAUUUUUGGACUCUGUAAAUUAGCGCGAAAUGUAAAUAAAAUCUCUCCCAACAGACAUGGAAAAUGUCAUCAUAUUUAA